CCCCCCUCCAUCCUCCCUCCUCCCUCCUCCAUCCUCCCUCCUCCCUCCUCUCUCCGUCCUCCCUCCAUCUCCUCUCUCCUCUCGACGCACGGCAGGAUGGACGUCGUUAAUCAGCUGGUGGCCCAGGGCCAGUUCCGGGUGCUGAAGGUUCCUCUGGGCUUCAUUAAGGUCUUACAAUGGUUCUUCGCCAUCUUCGCCUUCUCCACCUGUGGGAGUUAUUCCGGGAUGUUCCGGAUGGCGGUGGAGUGUAAGAACCGGACGGAGAGCGACCUGAGCAUAGAGGUGGAGUUUGAGUAUCCAUUCAGACUUCACCAGGUGUAUUUUGACGCCCCUACCUGUAAGGGGGAGGACAAGGAGCGUCUCUUCCUGAUUGGCGACUACUCCUCCUCGGCCGAGUUCUUCGUCACCAUCGGCGUCUUUGCCUUCCUCUACUCCACGGCGGCUGUCACCAUCUACGUCCUGUUCUUCGAGAAGUACAAGGAGAACAACAAGGGGCCCCUGAUCGACCUGGGUGUGACCGCGGUGUUCGCCUUCAUGUGGCUGGUGAGUUCGGCGGCCUGGGCCAAAGGGCUCUCAGACGUGAAGACGGCGACCGACCCCGACAAAGUGAUCACUCUGAUUACCGCCUGCGACGUCGAGGGGAACAGCUGCCGUGAAGUCCACGACCCGGUCAUGUCUGGACUCAACACCUCCGUGGCUUUUGGCUUCAUUAACCUGGUCCUGUGGGUGGGAAACCUGUGGUUCGUGUUUAAGGAGACGGGCAUCAUCGCUCCCUUCAUGCGCGCUCCACCUCCUCAGGAGAAACCGGCUGCACCAGACGCCUACGGCCAGCAGGGGGCGUACGAACAAGACCCGUACGCCAGCAACCAGGGAGGCUACCAACCCGACUACAGCCAGCAGGGGUACAACCAGGAGGCCGAGUACGGCCAGGGGGCGCCCACCUCCUUCGCCAACCAGAUGUGAACUGACAGGAAGCAGAAAACACCGGAGUAAACCACCAGUGGGUCGCCUGCAAACUACCCACAAUGCAACACUCCUGUCUGUCUGCAAAGUUAAUAGGGGGCGGCGGGGGAAGGGAAGGGGGGGGGGGGGUUAAAAGAAGGCGGGGUUUUAAAUGUUCACUAUAAUGAAUCGAUGUGUAAAAGGGUUUAAAAAAAAUAAAAUAGAG